AUGUUGCUGCCGCAGGAUAUGAUGGCAGCGCAGUCCAAGAUGCUCUAUCAAAUGAACAAAUACUACGGGGAAAGGGUACAGGCCCGUAUGGGCCAGGUACAGAAAACGAUCCGCGAGGUGUGCAAGGUGGUGCAGGACGUGCUGAAAGAGGUCGAGGUACAGGAGCCGCGAUUCAUUUCAUCGUUGACCGAGUGCAACGGCCGUUACGAGGGCCUCGAGGUGAUCUCGCCCGGCGAAUUCGAGGUGGUCCUCUACCUGAAUCAGAUGGGUGUGUUCAACUUCGUCGACGACGGCACCCUGCCGGGCUGCGCUGUACUGAAACUGAGCGACGGACGGAAGAGGUCCAUGUCCCUAUGGGUCGAGUUCAUCACCGCGUCCGGUUACCUGUCCGCCCGGAAGAUCCGCUCGAGAUUCCAGACCCUGGUGGCGCAGGCAUGCGACAAGUGCGCGUACAGGGACUCCGUGAAGAUGAUCGCGGACACCACCGAGGUGAAGUUGCGUAUCAGGGAGAGAUACGUGGUGCAAAUUACACCGGCGUUCAAGUGUUCGGGCGUGUGGCCAAGAUCGGCGGCGCAUUGGCCGAUUCCGCAUAUACCCUGGCCACAUCCGAAUCUGGUGGCAGAGGUGAAAACCGAGGGUUUCGAUUUGUUGUCUAAAGAGAGCGUAGCCCUUCAAGGGAAACAAUCCGCGAUGGAAGGGGACGCCUGGGUUUUAUCCUUCACCGAAGCCGAGACGAGGUUACUACAGGGUGGUUGUCGAAGAAGAUGUCUCAGUAUACUGAAAACACUGAGGGACAGACAUCUAGACCUUCCUGGGAAUCCGGUGACCAGCUAUCACAUGAAAACCUUGCUGCUCUACGAAUGCGAGAAGCAUCCCCUGGAGACCGAGUGGGACGAAGGAUGCCUGGCGGAUCGUAUUAACGGGAUCUUCCUGCAGCUGAUAUCCUGCCUACAGUGUCGAAGGUGCCCCCAUUACUUCCUGCCCAAUUUGGAUCUGUUCAAGGGGAAAUCACCAAGCGGCCUGGAGAACGCCGCGAAACAAGUCUGGAGACUCACCAGAGAGCUAUUGACCAACAGUCGUGCACUAGAGAAGCUUUAG